AAAAAAAAAAAAAAAAAAAAAAAAAAUUAAAAUAUAAUUAUUACAAUUUUUUUUUUUUUUAUGGACCCGGCCCGGCCUGGCCCGGCCCGGCCCGGCCAAGUCACACAGCCGAGGCCGAGGGCCGAGGUCCCCCAUGGCACAUAGGUGCGUGCAGGCCAGGCAGGCUGUCAACUUCACCUGAAAGUUUAAAAAAAAUACUUUGUCCCUGGCGGUCUCAGGCAAUUACUCAUUAUGAUUAGUUCUAUGCUGGGCCUGGCCCAAUCACAUACACAGCAGAGGGCCGAGGUCCCGCCCUUGGGUCUCGGCUGUCAAUCAGUCACGUCACGUCACUUAUUGACACUGACAGAAAAAUAGAAAAAACGGAAAGGAGGCGCGGAGAAAGUCCGAGAUAAAAAGAGAAAAGCCCUAGAGGCAAACUCUGCAACAUGUGCUAAAAUAUCGGACAUGUUUGCCGCGACAGCUGGCCCGGCUUCAUUAGCACCUGCGACGGUGGAAAUUGCGGCGGCGGAGGCUGAGGAGGAUGUCGGUGAUGAUGGGGACGGAGAGGUGACUGAAUGGCGGCCGAGGCCAAGCGCAGAGAUGGGUGGCGCUGGCGGCGGCCCGGCCCCGGGGCCGAGCUCAGCCUCAGACGAAGUGGCGGCGGUAAGAAGUUGAAAUUUAAGUUUGUGUUGAUAAAGAAAUAUUUGUUAAGCUAGAUUCCUAAACUUUAACACAGUAUGUAGUUUCCUAACAGUUAGCUCCUGCGUUAUAACAACAUGUUGUACAGAGUAAUCUAGACUGAGCCCGGUCAAAGUGGCUAUUUUAGCUAACACAACAGUUAGCCCACUAAACAUUUGCUAGCUUUUCUUUGGGGAGUUAAAUAGCUCUGUUGACUGUGUAUUGAAAGAGCAUCACUUUGCUAUCGCUAUUUGAACAACAUUAAUGUGAGGAAGCUGUCAGUGUUUAAUUGCUUUAUUAAUUUAUUAGGCUUUAUGGGUAAACAGCUUUUUUGGGACAUGAAAACAUAGAUAAAACUUGUUUGUGAGCCAGCUUAAUAAACAAAAUUUAGACAAACAUGUAUUCCCUGGAGAAAACAUGUGUUCUAAUAUUUCUUUUGUGUGUGUGUGCGUGUGUGCGCUAUGAGUAGACUUUGUGUCCAAUUUACAGUGUUAUUUUAGCUUGCUUGCUAUUAUGUUAUAGUUUGCAGGUGUUAUAGCUUACAGUUAUUAUUUAUUAUCAUGUAAUAGUGAAAUAUUGCUAUUUCUAAUUGCUAAUAAUGAUUAUUCAUUAGUAGGUAACCAGAGAAAUAACACUAGUGAAAUUAAUGCUCCUGUCUCUCUCUCUUUCUCUAUGUUUAGUCAAGUCAGACUGUUGGAGUAGGAGUGGAGGAGUCACAGGAAGAUCAGGCAGUUGUAGACUAUUUUAGCCGCCCUCAUUCCACAAAAAGGCAGGAAUUCUUUAAGUUUCACCCACAGCAGAAUGCCACAAACCCUGUCAUCCAGAGGCUCUUCACAAGAACGGACGACAUGGCAUGGAAAUGGCUGACUUAUAGUGAUGAACGUAAUGCUUUAUUUUGUUUUCUUUGCCUUGCUUUUAGCAAGCCCAAUGACCCAAGUUCUUUCAUUGGAGGCAUGACAGACUGGAGGCAUGUGCACCAAAGAAUAGAGGAGCAUGAGAGAGGCAUGGCACAUAGACAGUGUGCUGAGGCAUAUGUAUUAAACUGCUCCAGAGCAAGUGUUGAUCACCUCCUUGAGGGAAGACAGCUGAAAGGACACCGUGAGCAGGUGAAGAAGAGACGUCAGGUGUUGGAACGUGUGGUGGAGGUUGUGAGAGUCUUAGGGAAGAGAGGCUUAAGCUACAGGCAGGAGCACAAUGAAGCUGCGUACACCUUGGACAUCAACAGUCUCGACCAUGGCAAUUUCCUAGAACUUAUUAUAUUGUUGGGGAAAUAUGAUGUGUGUUUAAAGGAGCACCUCAGCAGUGUAAUUGAGAAAAGCAAGCAGAUCCAUGCUUCAGGCACACAAGGCAGAGGCUCUCUCAUUACCCUCCUGUCCAAAACAACUGUGGAUGCAGUAAUCGAUGCUAUCAAGCAUUUAAUUCAAGAGAGCAUCUCAGCAGACAUCAAAAAAGCCGGAAUGUAUUCUGUGCAGCUCGACACAACACAAGAUGUUACAGGGAGAGAGCAGUGUUCUGUGAUUUUGAGGUUUGUGACGGAUGCAGUCCAUGAAAGGCUGGUUGCAGUCGUACAAUGCAGCACAACUACAGGACAGUCGUUUGUGACGCUGUUAACAGAAGUCCUUGAGAGUCUGCAAUUGGACAUAGGCCUGUGCAUUGGAAACGCCACAGAUGGAGCCUCUAAUAUGCAGGGUCAAUACAGAGGUUUCUCUGCAUUAAUGGCAUCCAAAAACCCCACCCAUCAGCAUGUGUGGUGCUAUGCACAUGUCUUGAACCUUGUAUUGUCCGAUACCACCCAUAGCGUCAUUGAAAGUGGAUCACUAUUUGACCUGCUGAACGACAUUGCCGUAUUCAUCAGGGACUCAUACACAAGAGUGAGUGUGUGGGAGACCGAGAGCCAGGACAAGAGGCACAAACGCAUCUCAACAAUUGGAGAGACGAGAUGGUGGGCUAAACAUCAUGCCCUGAGGAAAGUUUUUGGAAACUUUGGCAGACCUGAUGGCGGCCUUUUUGUUGAAGUGGUGUCCACACUUUCUGCCAUAAUGAAGCUGAAGUCACUUGCAUCAAAUGCAAGAAACAAAGCCAGAGGAUACAGAGACGGCUUACUUCGAUACGAAACUGUGCUCACAGCUCAGUUAUUCCUCCGGGUAUUUGAGUUCACCUCACCACUGUCAAAAUACCUACAGACCGGAGGAAUGGACAUCCUCUCUGCACAUAGGAUGGUCACCACAACACACGAUUCACUUACAAAGAUAGCAAGAGAUUUCCCGGCCGUCAAAGAUGCAGCUGACUGUUUUGUCCAUUGGGCAAAUGAAAAGCUAGAGGAGCAGGAUGAUCUAGAUUUGGAAGUGGAGGCAGCACUACCUCAGAAAAGGCUAAAGAAGAAGAAAGUCUUGCCAGGAGAGAUGGCCCAGGAUGAAAGCCUCAGUGAUUCAGAGAAGGCCUAUGAGGUCAAUGUUCACCACCAGAUCCUGGAUACAGCUGUUGAGGCCAUGCACCACAGAUUCCUCACUCAUGGCACUCUGUAUGCAGAUUUAUCCCUCCUACAUCCCAAAAACUUCCCCCUCAUCCAGACCAGUGGCGGUGCACUCCCUGUAUCUGCACUUCAAGAACUCAGCAAGUGUCUAGUUGUGUAUGACAGCAGGGCAACUGUUACAGAUCUACAGAUUGAACUCAGAAACUUGGCACAGCAAUGGGACAGGCUGGUACAAUCACAAUUGGAUAACUACGCAACUAAUUUCAUUGCCUUGCUACAUAUUUGUUCUUGUGGACUAUUGGAGGGCCAUUCAACAUUUUCUCAACCAGCUGCCCUGUCCCCCAGGGGUGUUCCAGGGAUGUGCAUUUCAUUGGUGUGGACUUCACAGGCAUUCUUCAAAUUUGUAAUUUUUGGAGUGAAGGAUUGCCUUCCCCUGAUGUGGAGUUCACGUGUGUUCUUUUUGUUUCAUUAGCACCAAGGUCCAUGCAGCCUUUUGUCUCAGCAUAUGGUGCCACUUUGACUUACUGUGUUAUAAUUUGGUGUGUUCUAGUUAGUGUAAAUAAGAUAAUACAUAUAUUGUGUAUACUUCCUGUUGUUGUUGUUCUCUGUUCUUGCAUUUUUUGCUGACUGUGAGACGGUUCAAACUGUACAUAUUAUAAGCAUUAGUCAUUUCAGAGGAGAUUUGACCUAGCUGCAAAACCUCCAUUGUGCCCAAAUACAAAUGCAGAACCCUCUCUUCUUCAAAGUCCUGUAAUCUGCCUUGUUUUUUUGAGUGUAAACAUUUUGUAAGCGUCUAAUCACGAGGAUCUAAUAGUUUUUUUAAUCUCCACUCCUGUUUUUACAUGUGGCCAUUGAAAGAACAAAAGGUUAUUUUGGGCUAUUAUAUAAAAGAUUAAAAUUAUGAUCGUACCUAAUUGUUUAAUUUCUAUUUUUAUAAACAAUGUACACGUUUGUAUAAACAGUAUUUUCAUUAAACACUGAAAAGACAUCUCUAGCAAUGUUUCUUUGACAACCACUUUCACUUCAAGAUGGGCAUUGUGGCAUUGUAGCCAUCUCUCCAAAGAUGAAAGUCUCUGUAAGUAUAGUGAAAGAGUGUAUGCAUUUUUCAACAUGGUUACUCUCAUCCAUGUAGGCUACUGCGCUUUAUUUUAAUUGUUGAAACAGCACAAUAUGCGCAUAUAUCCUCUGGUAUGUUGUGUGCCUCCGCAUAUCGUAUAAAUAAUCUUGGUGGGCUGCCAUGGCCAAAAAUGCCAGGGCUGAUUUCUUGUCCCAGUCCAGCCCUGUCUGGAAGGAG